UGCAGGAAAGCUUCCGUCGGAUUCCAGGAGAUAUGGGUUCAAACCCGUUCCCAACGAAGGGUCACUAUGACUUCGCCUAUUCAACAUGCCGUAACAAUAGCAUAUUGGGAAAUGCAACCAGUGAAGGAGGCAACGGGACGGGAGGAUCAUCAACGGCGGUAAUGGAGACGGUGAUCGUGGGCGAAGAUGUGGUGGUGCUUCGGCGUUUGCCCGUAAGAAUGUACCAGGCAACAGCAAGGGCCCUUUCCUAUGGCGACAACACUCUUCUUCAGCCUGGCCAAAAUGAAUCGAAAGUCUAUCCUCCUGGCGGAAUGCCUGUUGAGCAAAUCACACUACCCGUUCCUACGGAGAUGCCCUCCAACUCUAGCAAGCUGGAAAAGCCACGACGGAACAUGUGGGUAUUCAAACCAAAUGCCACAAGAGGGGGUUUAAUUUACUUCCCAGGGGCAUUUGUGGAUGCUAGGGCCUACUUUCCCCUAGCCUUUCAGAUCUCGACACGCGGGUACAUGGUCGUCAUUCCUCAAAUGUCUCGUCGAAUUGCAUUGGAACCUAUUGUUGCAGAGGAUAUCUUGCGCUCGACCGGAAAUCACACAAUCUUGAGCAUUGUACCGGAGGACAAAUGGGCUGUAGGUGGCCACUCGUUCGGAGGUAUUUGUGCCUUCAACUACGCGGCCUCCUCCACCCGCCAUCGCCUUGCAGCUCUCGUCAUGCAUUCCGGCGCAUUCAGUACUCUGGCGCGUGGUGGCCCUGCUGCGAAUUUGACAUUGUCGCCUCUACCGGUUACACAAAUCUAUGGGACCCUCGAUGGAUUAUUUGGUGAUGAUCCCGACAGUUCUAAGUAUCAGGCCAUCGAGCCUCCGCCACGAGGGUUUGGAUUGGUCGUGAAUAAAACAGCUACAACAUUCAUAGCCGUGGAAGGGGCAAACCACCAUCAAGUGGGAGAUUAUGGCUAUCAGCUUGGCAGUCGGGUCGGUUUGAUCGGACAGGAGGAACAACAGAGAAUUUACGCAGAGCUGACAGUGAAACAGCUGGACAAGGCAAUGGGAUACGCUUAAACCACCAGUACCUUUCCCCGCUUGGAAAUCGAUUCCACACCCGGUUACGCGGAACCCAAGCAGGAUCGGGCGCCGUUGAUGAAUUUCAUAGGCGGCCCAUUUUUCAUUUCGGGCCUUUUUUUUCCGCCCAUGGCCGAUAUAGUGGAAAGGUACUGGUGGCUCAAGGGAACGACCCGACCUGGUCAAUCGGUACACACAUGAACUGUUAAAAUACAGGCCCAAGUUUGAAUCCAGUAUUAAGAAAAAUUGAAAAACAAGGGUUACUAAGGGUCAGGUCACACUGUUUGGGCUGUUUGUGGCCAGCUAGAGCACACCCGGCUGGUUUUACGACCAG